AUGGCAGUCGUUGCUCCGCCACCCCUAUUAAAAUCGAAGUUGGACCUCUGGGAAUCAAGCGAAUCCGCUAUACAUCCUGCCGUACCACCUUCAGCGCCCAUGACAGACAUAAUGUCAUACCAAUAUCCGCCGCCGCCUCAAAACGGCGCUGACAUGGACAUGUCGCCAUCGGGAUACUAUCCCAACUAUUCAGUCUCUUCACACACAUCAUCAGGAAUGGAUUCGGGGGUCCCAUCCAGAGACCGUUCAGACUCGAUGAAAAUCAAAAGGUCACUAUCGACGCCGGCCGUCGGCCCAUCUCCAUCCCAGGCCCCGGCACCCCAAUCCACGGCAUCGCAGCAGUCGACAGCCCAAGGCCAGGACCCGCUUGGGCUGGCAGGAGAAAAGAGAAGAAACAAGCUUGGCUAUCAUCGGACAUCAGUCGCAUGUGGCCACUGCCGCCGGCGGAAGAUUAGGUGUAUACCUUCCCAAAACGACGUGCAGGGUCGAUGCAUGAACUGCAUUCGACUCAAAAAGGACUGCAGUUUCUUCCCAGUAGAUCAACAACCACCUCCAGACACGAGACAAAAGUCGGCGUCGAGGUCGUCUGUUGGACCCAAAAUCGCUUCAGCCUCUUCAUCGCCGGCCAUGCAGAGUGGAAUGCCGUCCGACAUGCAUGGACAACAGUCCUAUUCCCAACUCACCAUACCAUCAAUGCCUCCGCCGAUGAAGCCAGCUGGCUCCGAAGCCUACACCCCUGAUUCCAAGAUCCCUUCGAGCGCUUCGAGCUCUCGAGCGUACGAUUAUGGGCAGUCCGGGAUAACAAACUGGAUGGCAGAUGCUAGCCCGAGCUCCUCUAAACCGAGCGACUUGAAUACCAACUGGCGAACUUAUCCGGCUGAAUCCCCCAUAACGCCGGCUUUUUCCCCAUACACGCCACACGCACCGCCUCCAUCCGCAACCUGGUCAACGCCCGUAGGCUCCGAGCCUGCUCGUGACGAUCUGGCCUGGUCAUCGUCGUACCCGGCGCCGCCACCCCGAUCUUUGUCCUUUGGUGCCGAGAGCGUCUCGAGUCAAAGCCAGUACCCAUCGAUUUCGCAUGUCAGCAACCACUCGAGUCGAGAUUACAGUCGAAAAGCCAGCUCCAUGUCUGCCGACAUGUAUCCUGCCCCCAUCUCAACCGCAAUUCCCGGCGUUGAUACGACUCCCGGAUCGACGCCAACUCAUGGUCUGGCGCUUUCCGCUGGGGCUGCCCCAUCAUCUGCCUAUGGAACCUGGCAGCAGCCAUACCCAUAUUCCAAACCCAGUGAUGGUUAUGGGGGAGCGUGGGCAUAUCAAGAAUCGGGGCAUCCAGGAGAUCAACAUUCGACUGAGCACGCCUAUUAUGAGCGAUAG